GCAGGAGUCCAGCCCCGCCGGCAGCCAGACAGGGCGGGCUGAGCCCUCAGAGUCCCGUCCGGGGCUAGCCCGGUACUGCCCCCCGUGCUGGGGUUUUCCCGCGGGAAGACGGCAGCCCGCCGCCUCCUCCUCCGCCUGGGCCCGGCCUCUGGGAAGUUCCCGGUUGGGAAGUUUGUAGCCAGCGCCUGGGGGAGGCCGCGGGGCCCCUGCGGAGGUGCCAUGCCGCCUAAGGGUCGCGGCAGACGCAAGCUGCCAGUUCCUCUUCCAAGAGACAUGAUCCUGAAAGACACCGAAGGAAAAGUCUGGAGGCUGGGCACUCAGAUCGGCCAGGGAGGAUUUGGCUUGAUCUAUUUAGCUUCCCCUCAAACUCAUGUUCCUGUAGAAGAUGAUGCAGUGCAUGUAAUUAAAGUGGAAUAUCUUGAAAAUGGCCCCUUAUUUUCUGAACUGAAAUUCUACCAGAGGGCUGCAAAACAAGAGCAUAUAAGAAAAUGGAUGAGUCUCAAAAAAAUAAGAUGUUUAGGAAUUCCGGUGUUUUGGGGAUCAGGCUUGGCUGAGUACAAGGGAAAAAGCUAUAGAUUCAUGGUCAUGGAGAGACUAGGGGAAGACCUUCAAAGAAUCUUUGAAGAUUGUGGAAGCAGAUUUAAGAAGGACACUGUUCUGCAACUUGGGGCACGAAUGUUGGAUACUUUGGAAUAUAUACAUGAAAAUGAGUAUGUUCAUGGUGACAUUAAAGCAGCAAAUCUACUUUUGGGCUACACCAACCCGCACGAGGUUUAUCUUGCAGAUUAUGGACUUUCCUACAGAUAUUGUCCCAAUGGGAACCACAAACAGUAUCAGGAAAAUCCUAGGAAGGGCCAUAACGGGACAAUAGAGUUUACCAGCAUAGAUGCCCACAAGGGAGUAGCCCCGUCCAGACGAGGUGACCUUGAAAUCCUUGGCUACUGCAUGCUGCAAUGGAUAUGUGGGAAGCUGCCCUGGGAACAGAACCUGAAGGACCCUGUAGCUGUCCAGUCUGCGAAAACGAAGCUUAUGGAUGAGCUCCCAGAUUCAGUGAUGGAAUGGGAUUCUUCUGGAAGCAGCUGUAGUGAAAUAUCAAAGUUUUUGGUGAGUGUGUAUGGCUUAGCUUACAAUGAGAAGCCAAACUAUCAAGCGCUCAAGAAAAUCCUGCUGGAUGGACUGGAGUCAAGCGGGACCCACUAUGAUGGCCCUCUGGAAUUUUCCGCCGUGGCACGCGUGCGAAAUCACUCGGCUGCUAAAGUGUCAAAAAAAGACACUGCAAGAGAAUUACCACCCCUUGACCUCAAAGCAAUAUUCUCAGAAUCCAAAAAGAAACACGAUCAACUCUUAACUACAGAUCAUCCAGCACCAGUGCAAGAAUGUGGUCCUGACAUCACACCUCCUUCUAUAGCUGUCAUAUUUAGACUUGCAUUUACGGAGGAAACAUCCCGCUACAGUAUAGCCAUACUGGUACUUCUGCUGCUAAUAGUACUGUCCUUGUAUUUGCUUUGAUGUCACUGUUUCAAUGGCUUCAGUGUGAGUGCAGCGGUGUUCCCAUCGCGCAGUUUUUUUCUCAGAGUUUCUUCAUUGAAGAUUUCAGUGUCAGUGGCUUGAAAAAGAAUUUUUUAAAAUAAUACUGUCAAUUCUUAUCUCUUAAACUUUACAGAUCUAUACUCAAUAGUUACUUAUGCACUGAACUAUUUUUACAAAGCUGUUUUGUGUUAUAUCAGUGUUGAGAUUCUUGGGUUGUUUUUUUUUGUUUGAAACUGGGUCUUUGCAACAAGCAACAUUAAAAAAGUAUCAUGAAAUACAA